AGGGCGGAUGCUGCUAGCUGCUUGUAGCUCGAUACAGAGGGAGGGAGGACAUAGUGGACUCCGUUGGGAAGCUGUAGAUCCUCGCCAGGCGGUUCUUUGGAGAUCUCUCUCGGUUGUACGGGUAGGUUAGCGGUGUCACCUCUGGGAUGAAUCCACCAAGCCUCCACGCCUCUGUGGAUCUAAAUUAGCCUGGAAUAUGAGCAGAAGAAGAAGAUAAGCAGCAGCGGCGGCUGGCUUCCUGCGCGAUUUUGCCCAGGCUUUUUGUUUUUCUGUGGACAUGCCUGGUCUAUGGAGCAAAGCUGAGCGAAGCUAGCUGGCCGACAGUCCGGCUAGCGCAACAUUUCCAGGCUUUUGGAUGACUGUUUAGCUGAAGAGCUGAUUUAUUUUGGAUCAGCGCUAUCUCCCCUCCCUGGGUAAGGAGUCAGCAUGGGGGAGACCAGCCUGGACGACGCCAAUGUCAAGGUGGCUGUUCGCCUACGGCCCAUGAACAGGAGAGAAAAGGAAUUAAACACUAAAUGUGUUGUGGAGAUGGUGAAGAACCAGACAAUCCUCCAUCCUGGCGGAGCUAACCUGGGCAAAGGAGACUCCAGGAAUCAGUCCAAGGUCUUUGCCUAUGAUUACUGUUUCUGGUCCAUGGAUGAGACAGAUAAGGAGAAAUUUGCAGGUCAGGAGGUGGUCUUCCAGUGCCUUGGGGAAAGUCUUCUCCGCAAUGCCUUCCAGGGCUACAAUGCCUGUAUCUUUGCCUAUGGACAAACUGGUUCGGGGAAGUCGUACACCAUGAUGGGUUCAGGGGACCAGCCAGGUCUGAUUCCCCGGCUGUGCAGUGCUUUGUUUGAACGAACCCAGAACGAACAGCGGGAGGAGGAGAGCUUUACUGUUGAGGUGUCCUACAUGGAGAUCUACAACGAGAAAGUCCGAGAUCUGCUCGAUCCCAAAGGGGGUAGACAAACUCUGAGGGUGAGGGAACAUAAAGUUUUGGGACCCUACGUGGAUGGUCUGUCUCGACUAGCUGUGGCCAGCUACAAGGACGUUGAGUCUCUGAUGUCAGAGGGGAAUAAGUCUCGGACCGUCGCUGCAACCAACAUGAAUGAGGAGAGCAGUCGAUCGCACGCCGUCUUCAACAUCAUCCUCACGCACACACUCAAAGACUUGCAGUCUGGGACGAGCGGGGAGAAGGUGAGUCGGUUGAGUCUGGUAGACUUGGCUGGAAGUGAACGAGCAGCAAAGACCGGAGCAGCAGGAGAACGACUCAAGGAGGGAAGCAACAUCAACAAGUCUCUCACUACGCUGGGUCUGGUGAUCUCGGCGCUAGCUGAACAGGGAACCGCCAAGAACAAGACCAAGUUUGUUCCUUACAGAGACUCUGUUCUGACAUGGCUGCUGAAGGACUGUCUGGGUGGCAACAGUCGCACGGCGAUGGUUGCAACUGUGAGUCCAGCAGCAGAUAACUAUGAGGAGACGCUAUCGACGCUGCGCUACGCAGACCGAGCAAAGAACAUUGUUAACCAUGCUGUUGUUAACGAAGACCCCAACGCUCGCAUCAUCAGGGAGCUCAGAGAGGAAGUAGAGAAACUACGAGUACAACUGACUCAGGCCGAGUCUUUGAAGGCUCCAGAGCUGAAAGACCGUCUGGAAGAGUCAGAAAAGUUGAUUCAAGAGAUGACCAUCACCUGGGAGGAGAAGCUUCGCAAAACUGAGGAGAUUGCGCAGGAGCGUCAGAAGCAGUUAGAGAGUUUGGGUAUUUCUCUCCAGUCUUCAGGGAUUAAAGUUGGAGAUGAUAAGAGUUUUCUUGUCAACCUCAAUGCUGAUCCUGCCCUCAAUGAACUGCUGGUGUACUACCUGAAGGAACACACAAAGGUGGGCUCAGCAGACUCUCAGGACAUCCAGCUGUGUGGGAUGGGUAUUCAGGCAGAGCACUGCGUCAUCGACAUUACAGCAGAUGCUGCCGUCAUCCUCACCCCCUACCGCAAUGCUCGGACAUGUGUUAAUGGUUCUCCAGUAACCAGUGCUCUGCAGUUACACCAUGGCGACCGAAUCUUCUGGGGGAACAACCACUUCUUUAGGAUCAACCUGCCUAAGCGGCGCUCUCGGGGAGCUGAGGAUGAGGAGGGUGAGGGUGGCGUGAUGAAGAACAGUGGCAGCAGUGAGCAGCUGGAUGCAGAUGGUGACACAGCCAGCGAAGUGUCCAGUGAAGUCAGCUUCUCCUAUGAGUUCGCCCAGACAGAGGUCAUGAUGAAGGCCCUGGGCAAUAAUGACCCCAUGCAAGCAGUCCUCCAGUCCCUGGAGAGGCAACAUGAAGAGGAGAAGCGGUCUGCUCUGGAGAGACAAAGACAAAUGUACGAGCAGGAACUCCAGCAGCUGCGCAAGAAGCUGAACCCGGACCGUCUGUCCACAGGCCCAUCUGGAGGGCCGGCGUCUGGCCAGCAAGGUCCGGGACAGCAGUCUCACUACCGCAGCCUGGAGAGACUCAGCGUGGGAGGGAUGAGUCAUUCAACCAGCGCUCAGAGCAGACUGAGGCAGUGGAGUGAGGACAGGGAGGUGGUGUUGGUGAGGAGUCUGCGGCGGUUGAGGGAGCAGAUAGUGAGGGCAAACCUCCUGGUGCAAGAAGCCUGUUUCAUCGCAGAGGAGCUGGAGCGACACACUGAGUACAGAGUCACACUGCAGAUCCCAUCGGACAACCUCAACGCAAACCGCAAGAGGGAUGCAGUGCUCAGUGAACCAGCAAUUCAGGUUCGACGUCGGUGUCGAGGGAAGCAGAUCUGGAGUCUGGAGAAGAUGGAGAACCGUCUGGUCGACAUGAGAGAACUGUACCAGGAGUGGCAGGACUACAACAUCCAUCACCAUGACAACCCUGUGAUGCGAACAUAUUUCCGCAGAGCAGACCCGUUCUUUGACGAACAGGAAAACCACAGUCUGAUCGGCGUUGCCAAUGUCUUCCUUUCCUGUCUCUUCUACGAUGUAAAGCUGCAGUACGCUGUUCCCAUCAUCAACCAGAAGGGGGAGGUGGCAGGGCGUCUUCAUGUGGAGGUGGUGAGGGUUGGCGGGGGAUUAGAGGACAGCAUGGCUGGAGGAGAUGAACCUGACAACAACCAAGACCCUGAAGUCCAGGAUCGCAAACUGGUCUGCAUGAUUAAGAUCCUGCAGGCCACUGGUCUUCCCCAGUACCUGUCCAACUUCGUCUUCUGUCAGUAUGCAUUCUGGGACCAGCCUCAGCCCAUCAUCGUGGCUCCUGAAGUAGACCCAUCGUCCUCGUCGCCCAGCACCAAGGACCCACACUGCAUGGUGGUGUUUGACAGCUGCAAGGAGCUGGCAGUGUCAGUAACCGAGGAUUUCAUAGAAUACCUGACUGAAGGGGCUGUUGCCAUCGAGGUAUAUGGACACAGACAGGCUGAUGCAGGGAGAAACCCUGCCUUGUGGGACCUCAGCAUUAUCCAGGCCAAGACACGUACAUUACGAGACAGGUGGAGUGAGGUAACACGUCGCCUGGAGCUGUGGAUUCAAAUCCUGGAGAUAAACGAGAAUGGAGACUUUGUCCCAGUGGAAGUGGUUCCUGCUAGAGAUGUGCGCACCGGGGGAAUCUUCCAGCUUCGGCAGGGUCAAUCAAGGCGAAUCCAGGUGGACUUGCAUUCAGUUCAGGACUCGGGCACCAUGCCUCUGAUAGCAGAAAUAGUGCUUGCAGUGUCAGUGGGUUGUGUGGAGAUCAGAAACACUACGGCGAACCAGGAAGGAGAUGAGAUGGACAGUUAUCAGGAAAGAGACCUGGAACGUUUGCGGGGGCAGUGGUUAGCUGCUCUCACCAAGAGACAGGAAUACCUCGACCAGCACCUGCAGAGCCUGGUCAGCAAAACAGAAAAGACAGAGGAUGACAUGGAGAGGGAGGCACAGCUGCUGGAGUGGCGCUUGACUCUGACAGAGGAGAGAAACGCUGUCAUGGUGCCCUCUGCUGGCAGUGGCAUUCCCGGAGCACCUGCUGAAUGGGUUCCCCUGCCAGGCAUGGAGACUCAUAUUCCUGUCGUCUUCCUGAACCUCAAACCUGAUGACCUCAGCUCUCAAGACCAGUUUGAGGUUCCUGAGGCUGGAGGUUGGGAUGCCACCCUGAAUGGAGAGGAUGAGGACGACUUCUUUGACCUACAGAUCGUCAAACACUAUGAUGGAGAGGUGAAAGCAGAGGCAUCGUGGGACUCUACCGUCCAUGAGUGCCCCCAGCUCAGUCGUGGGGGAGCGUGGCCGGAGCAGCGGGUAUACCUGACAAUUCGAGUGGUGGUUCAGCUCAGCCACCCUGCCGACAUGCAGCUGGUCCUCAGAAAGAGGAUCUGCGUCAACGUUAACCCGGGCCGCCAGGGUUUUGCCCACAACUUUCUCAGAAGGAUGUCCACCCGCAGCACCAUACCUGGCUGUGGGGUCACCUUCGAGGUGGUCUCCAACAUCCCCGGGGACGCCCCUGGUUCAGAGGACAGGGAGAUGCUGGCCCGGCUCGCUACCAGCGCACACAACAGCCAGUCAGCUGAUGAGGAGGCUGCAAUUGAAAAAUACCUCCGCAGUGUCCUCAGUCUGGAGAACAUCCUGACUCUGGAUAGACUCAGACAGGAGGUGGCAGUGAAGGAGCAACUGACUAGCAGAGGGAGGGGCAACAGACGGAGCCUAAGUUCUCCUUCUGUCAACAGGCUGUCUGGAAGUAGACAAGACCUGUCCACAACCUGCCUGCUGGACGAUAAGGGUCGAUGGGAGAGUCAGCAGGACAUCUUCAUGCCUUCUCAGUUUCACCGCACCCUCCCCCGGCCCGCUUCUUCCCCUUCCACCUACUCCACCUCCCCUUCUUCAUCCCCAACUCCCUUUGGCAUGACACCCCCACAGAACCAGGAACCAGAGCAAGGUCGUUCAGGACUUGCUGCCUCUUAUCUUUCAGUUAAGGCGCUGGUUCCUCAGAUGCCCAAACUGCUCAAGUCUCUGUUUCCAGCGCGAGACGACAAGAAGGAGCUGAGACCUUCGCCACACAACCAGCAGCAGCACGUUCCUCGCAUCGUGACAUCAGGAGGGGACGACAACCGAGGCAAGGCUGAGACGACUGCUAUUCUACGGCCCUCAACCAAAGACAGACGGGCAGAGUUCCCAGAAGUCCCUCCUCUACCUGUGCAUGACCCGCAUGACAUCACUCCCCUCAGCCCCCUCAGCCAGUCAUCAAGCGGCUACUUCUCCAGUAGUGUUUCUACAGUUACCUUGUCUGACGUUCUCCAACCCUCCUCCUCGUCUUCCUCCCUCGUGGCUGCUGAGACUGCGUUACCCACAAACCCCCAGCACACGGGUGCUGACAGGAACGAUGUUGUGACCUCUCCUUCUCAGUGUGGCACCAAGAUGGCUGUCGUCGCUCCACCCGCUUCCCACAGCUCAGCCAAUCACAACAACGUCACUGCAGAAAACUCCUUCUCUGAACACAAGCUGCUCAACUCAGGAGGAGGAGGAGGAAGUGAAGGCUUGGAGAGGCUGGAGAUCUUUGUGGAGGAUGAACAGGGUAGCCAUGACGACGUACUGCCUGAUUGGCUGACAGAAGGGGCGUAUGUUACAGUAGGAAGCAAUAAGGCCGGGACAGUGCGCUACGUAGGAAUGACGCAGUUCGCUAAGGGAGUGUGGGUGGGGGUGGAGCUGGACACCCCUGUAGGUAAAAAUGACGGUUCAGUCGGAGGUCAUCGAUAUUUCCGCUGUAAACCUGGUUACGGGGUGCUGGUUCAACCAGACCGGCUGUCCUCCCGCGAUCGGACCAGUCGGUGCACGGGAGAGUUCCCCGCUCCCGCUCCUGCCCAUGUCCCCGUUCUGCGAGGAGAAGCCAUUGUCGCCCGCCGGGGGGAGAACCGCAAGUCCUGGAGCAGUUGAGAAAGGAUAAUUAGGAGCUGGAUGGGAGAGAUGAACUCUCCACAGCUCUCCUCCUCCUCCUCUCUUCUUCUCCUCCCAGCUAUGCAACAGGCUCACACAUCAGAACUGACAUACUGCCUACCCUCCUGUAGUUUGAAACUACACUGACUAUAUCCAUUCACAAGAAAUGGAUGGAAAUAGAAUAAAGACAGUGAAGAGACCAUUCAGAAAGAAUGCACCUAAGUUCAUGAAAGACUAUGCAGAGUAUAUAGAAGUCCAUGGAAGGACUAUUUAUCAUGUGGGAAGAUGAUACUAAAUGAAUGGCGGUCAGUGGGAAGACUGCUGAGAGUGAAUGGAAGUCAGUGUUGUAUUUGGAGUGUCGGAGCUCUGCGGGGGGGGGGGGAUUGGACACUGCAGACUGGAUGAUUUGCCUCAGAGAUGCUUUCUGAGCUGAUAUACAGGGGUGCAAACUAGUCACAUUUUGGGCAGGAGACACUUUUUUGAUCCCCCUUCACAUCUGUGAAUAUAUUUAUAACUUGAUUUUAGAGUGCACAAAAAGCAUUUCCUUGAUGUUUUCCAGUUGGAUGCUGGCUGAUGGAUUUAUUUACCACUUCUGUUUUUUCUUCUAUUCACCAUUCAUAAUAAUACAUUAUUCUUAGUAGUCAUAGCUGCUAGAAAAUAUCAAAAGAUACUGUAUGGCCAUUCUGAUGUAUAACCACAUUCUUGUGACAAGCUGACAACACUGUGUAAAGGGAGAAUAUUGAAUUGUCUUUCAGUGUAUCUUUGGCAUGUUUUAUUCUCCCUCCAUGUCUCAUUAUAAUAUAUGCUUUGUGUUCUUUGUGAAUGAGGAAAUAGAACAAAUUAGAUUUUUAGACACUUUUUAAAAUAUUUGCGGUCAGAGUGACAUAAAGCUCAAACCAUGCCAGCCAUACAGUGACAGCAGGCUUUUGCUGCCUUUCCACCUUUUGAUGUGUUUGCAUCCCUGGAUAUGAUGUCUCUACCUGGUAGUCCUGAGACACUCUGUCCCAGAAUCCCCUGCUCCAGCUGCCACUCCCCUGAACUCUCCAGGUCUAAUCUGCAGACCGACACUUUGUCUGAGACUUGUCUCCUCCUCCUGGAUUCCUUUUCUUUUGAAGAUAGAUCCUCCCAGAAUGUGCCUUCACCAUGGCUUGGUCUGCAUUUGUUUUUCUGUAUAUUUAAAUUCUGUUAGCUGUCUGUGUUUAAGAGAAUGCCUUGUGUUAGCUGUGUCUAUGUUUUAAGAGAAUGCCUUGUGCUAAGUGUGAGGUGAUCUCAGGGACUGCAGAGGGGAAAGGACAAGGCGGAGGCGUGUGUGUUUGUGUGUGUGUGUGUGUGUGUGUUUGUAAAUGUUGUACAUUGUUGCCCUAUGUGCACGAAUAAGUUCAUAUUGUCGUAGGCGUGUUGAUGUUGAAGAUUAUAUAUAUAAAGCAGGAAACGUCGUGUCCUUGUUGGACAAAGCCACUAUGGGAGCGAGUUGUUUGUACUGGGAGGCUUUAAAAGUCGAUUUUGCACUGGAGAAGUUGGAUAAGAAGCAUCUGUAUGUGAGCAGGACAUGUCUGUGGUCGUGGUGCAGAGAGACAGAGAGGUAGACGACUGUAAACAGAUUCCUCGAACCAACUACUUAUGAGAAAAUGGUUGUUGAUGACCUUAAACUAGAGUAUAUUCUCCAUCUGAGUGGGCCAUCUGGAUGUCUGUUCUUGAAGCAAAAUUGCUGGUUAUCCUCUGUGACUGACAUUUGGACACCAGGAGGCGCUGUUCAGAGUAGUAUUUUGGCUUUGUGUCGGUGGGAAUAGGCUUGUGUAUGUGUUGAGGAAAAGAAAGUGAGAUGGACACGCAGGAGUUCUGCUGGGUAUUUCACGCUUGAGAAGAGAAUCGAUUUGCUUCUAUGCAUUUGAUCCGUUUUAAAAGAAUCUAGUUUUUAGCUUUUAUUUGUAAGUGACUGACACGACUAGGAGAACGAGCUGUACGUUUUGGGAAAGUGUUCAACACAAAAGCAGUUCUGACUGAUUGAGCAUUCCUGGCAUGUCUUUUGAAGGAAAUACAAGAUGAUGUGGCAGACGUUGGGAUUUUUUAAAUUAGUUUUUUAUUGAACAUCACAUUCCGGAGGGACUUUAACAUUUUACACUGACCUUAUUCUUUGUGUAUGAAUUUAUGGGAAAGCAUUGGCAGCACACUGCAGCACUGUUUCAUACUUUAUGUAUACUAUCAGUUUGUGACGAAUGUAGACAGAAUACAUGUGUGCUCCCAAUACUUUUCCAUAAGUUAAAGGGGCACUCCACCAAUUUUACACAUGAAGUUCAGUUUACUUGUCAUUAGGAGUUCUACUCAGCCUGUGAAAACAGCUGUAUAAUGCCUUCUGUAGCUCUGGUGGAGCUUUGUAAAGUCUGAGAAAAUAACCCUGACGAUGUCACCCUGAUGAUGUCAUCAUGCAGACUACAUAUUUAUUCCAAAAAGCCUGUGUUACAAACCGGGCGCGUGGAGUUUGAAAGACGCGAGCAUUUAUCAGGUGGGGAGGGUCUAACAAAACAAAAGAUGCUAUCGAGUUGCAUUAUGGGAGAUGUAGGGUCCUGCGUUUUUGGAGCUUGACUCCUACUAUGAACUAAGAGUCAGGAUUCUUUUUUUUUUUUUUUUAAAUCCGUCUCAAGUUUCCUAACUUCAUAGAAUCAAUAUAUUAAAUUGCGGGAGUACCCCUUUAAUAAACUAGACUAAGGCCAGUGUUAAGUGUUUGGUUUGAGUCGUCCUGAGUUGGAGCAAUGCUGUCUUACCAAGUGAGCAAUAGGCAUGUGCUGAUAGGUUGAUUUGAUGAUGGAAAAGUAAUAUUUCAUCAUUACUUGGUAUACUUUAGUAACGGCUAGGCUAAGUUCGUAUCCUGAUGAUCACAAACCUAAAUAUGCUGGUUGACAUAUUAUUGGUAUCUGCUGAAGCAGGUUUUGCAGCAUGUAAGCUGUUUCUAUGGUGACAUUCAGUUUCUCCAUGUAUACUAAGGAAUCUAUACAGAUUUCUGAUGAGAUGAUUUGAUGAUGCAUACAUAUGAAUACAUUAUCUGGAACGUGCAUGUAUCAUCUUUAUGGAUACAAUAUGUUUUUCCCGUUCCUAUUAUCGUGCGUCUUCUUAAUUUGAGAGGCGUGAAAUUACUAUUUAUAUUUAAAUGCUUGUACACAUGCAUUCAUCGCAUGAAAAUCGAUAAAGCCUUUUUAUUUGAAUAAAUAUUGCACAAAUGAUUCCAUGAAAAUUGCUGCUAUUAGCAUUGUAAAUUUAGCUGUAAAUGGAUCAACUGAUUUAUCUAACACUCUCUAUCUCUUACUGUACACUAGAUUGGAAUUCAAUAGCUUGUUUUUUAAUCCCAGAUGGAGAAACUAAAGUCAGCGCUUUGGUUCAGUGGCCAAUAUAUUUUUAAUAUGAAGCCGUACAAUUCCUAAAAAUGAGGCACUUUGUCUUGUGAGCCUUGAAGAAGAUGUGGGAGUAAAGGUUGGGAUAUUUUCUGGGUGAAAAAUCACUCCUGCAUUGAUUUUUUUUUUUUUUUUUUUUUAAAGAGGAAGAGGAAACUAUAAUGUUGGAGUUGAAAUAUGAGACAAGGAGACAAUAUAUCACCAUAGUCUAGUUAUUAUCUGUGUAUUUAUUAUCUGGCCUUAAAGCCCAGGACCCUGAAGUCCUCUGAUUGGUUGGUUGGUUACUAUAGGUGGCUGUCUGGUAUGUUAUUGGUUCGGCAAGUUGGAAAGUGGUUCGUAGGUUGGGCUCUUGUUAGGUUGGUUGGUUGUUAUAAUAUUGUGGUUCAUAACAGUUACGUGGUAAUGAAGGCAAGGAGUAAAGGUUUCUCAUGCGUUUGUUUGUGUGUAGCACGUGUGUGUGUGUGUGUGUGUGAAUGUUGGGUGGAGUUGGCUUUGAUUCAGUUGUGUCCAUGAGUUCUUGCCAAGAUGGGAAAUGACCACCAGCUGCCACUUUACUUAUUAUACUCCGCACUUCAGCUGAGAGCAACAUCCCUUCUCCCUCCCUGCUCUCUUGAUAAAUGCAAAAUUCCAGUCUCUGUGGCUGGUGUACUUUCCCGUCCUGGUCUUUGCUCGGGGCACUGUUAUAGGGGUUUGAGAUCACUUCAGGCUUCUGGAUGUCCCCUUUUAUGUUAUUGUGCCUCAGAAAUCAUGUGACCAUGUAUCUUCCACACACACACACACACACACAGACACGCACUGUUUUCAUAUCAACGCUUCAAUUCAUUUGCACAGAAGUCUCCAGAGGGAAUCGAGGAGUUCAUUUCUGGAACACUUGUUAUAUGUAGGAAGAAAUGAUUCAAGUUACCUGUUCUUUAAAUUGUACUAAAAUAAUUUUAAUUUUCUGCUUUCAAUUUAAUAUUUGAGUUUUUUGGAGCAAUAUUCUUCAGCUAUUUUCCUCCACUCACUGCUCAACUACCUUUCAAAAGUAAAAACAGCAGAGCUUAACUACUUUGUCUUUUCUUCCAGCAAACAUCCUCCUCUAUAACUCUCCAUGAAGUGUGAUGUUGACAUUAGACAGAAGAAGUGCAGCUCAUGGGCACAUGAUCCACAGAGCAACAAGAGCCCUUUCAGUAAGGAACUGUAAAAAGAGAAAACUAGCAUUAGUAAUAACUGUUUUGCUCAGAAUGGACUUAAUGUUGUAACUUUAUUUCAGUGGUCUCCAUCUCUGCCACUGAAGAGAAUAGAGCAAAGCCAGCAGUGUUAUUUAUGUAACUGAAUCAACCAUAAGAACCACAUUCAGUUCUAUUUUUAUUGAUGUGAUUUGUGUCCAAGCAUAUUCAGACUGCGGAUUGAUCUGCAUGAGUCUUCAGCCCCUCAGAAUGUUUCUUUAUUUUUUAUUUUUUUUAGCUGUUCUGUGGGUUUCUUUUCUUGUCUUAAGUGCUUCUGUUUUGCUCAGAAUUGAUCCCAUAUCUUUGUUGCAUUCGCCUCCUGUUGCAUUUCCUGUCGUUCUCUGUUAACUAUGGGAUGACUGGUCCGGAGCAACAUGUCCCCUGCCUUAACGUGGCCUUCAACCUGGAGCCAGACUGGUUUUAGCAGGGACAAUCCCAGCUCUCUUCACUAAACAUGCUGUACUAUAAACCCUCAGUGUCAUUCCAAAACUAUAUCAAACCAUUCUGGUUUACUACUAAAAAAGACAUAAAGAUGUUCCCUUUUGAAAGACAUCAAAGGGAUUUUGGAAUAAGAUUUUCACUGAUUGAACCUCCCGUAUUACUGCCUCACUGGAGGGAAGGUCAUUGUGUUGCCCCCUGGUGGCUGCUGUCACACCUCAGUCAGAAAAGACCCAACUUCCACACUGGGAAUUUUAUAUGCAACCAGAAAAUCAUUCAAAUCUGUGACUUUACAACCCACCACUGCCCUACAGCAGCAUGCCUGACAGCUUCUGCCUACCCGGGAUCAUGACGCUGCCAGCCAGAGAUCUGAGGUCGUGUUCUGUCUAAAAAAAAAAUGUAACCUGCAGACAGAUAGUUGGCUUGAUUUUUGUAUUUGCCAGGCACUAAAACUGCCUUUGGUAGUGAGUGUUUUUACUACCUCUUUCUCGCCUGUCAAGUGUUCUGCCAACUUCUUCCCGGAGGCCUUUCAGCUGACAAAGAGUUGUACCUGCUUCACUACCGAACUGGCUGCAUCCAGUUCACUUUUUGGGUGUUCGCAAAUAUUAGAAUAAACCACACAAACAAGCAAUACAUGGCCAUCAGGUGAUGCAAUGCGGCCUUGUUGCAUUUGCACAGCCUUUUUUUUUUUUUUUUUUUUGUGCAGUUUUUGGCAAUGACCGAACAUUUCUACAGCUGGUUCUGCUUUCCAGGAAAAUCCAGAUACAGCUUCUCCUCUUGGUGCAUUUUAAAGGCAGUUGGUAUCAGUACAAUGACGCUGCAUUAAAUUUCCCUAGGUACCAGCAGCCAUAUUUAACUGAGCUGUGUAAUAAUGGAAGGCUAAUAGCUUAAGGAGAGGGCUCGGUGCUUGCUAAGUCAGGGAGUUUUAGUAGAACCAUGUUAUUCCUGAAAAAAAAAAGCCCCUCCAGUCCCUGUAACCUUUCACACAAUCAGCUGAAGACAUUUUGUUAUAAUCCAACAUGGUUUUAAUGUGGCCUCAGCCUGGUCAACAGUAUUACUAUAUCAGCCUAACUAAUUAUCAGUUGUGUUUGUUGCUACCGUUGAUUCUGUGGAGCAGGUUUGUCUUGAUGUGUCAUUUUUAUGUGAGCGUGCACCUUUUGGAGUGGUUGUAUGGUCUAUGUAUGUAUGUGUGUGUAUAUAUGCGCAUAUUAAGACUUAUAAAAAGACAAAUCUGAGCACAAGUUUGGGUUUUGAUUAAUUUAAUUGUUUUAUGUAAUUCUAUGCUGCAAUCCAAAGAAUAAACAUGUAUUAUAAUACA